AAAAUCGAGUAUAAAAGGGCUCCAUUCUCUCGUAUUCUGGCGCGCUAAAUCAUUAAACCGACGGAGGUGGAGAAGGCAAUCAGCGGAGAAAAUUGUUGAUUGAUAAACAAUUGCAUAUUUGGAAUGGAAAGCAAUGGUACCGAAUUCACUGGCAAACGCAUGAAACUAGCUAUGGAAGAGCAGGGAAAGGAUACAAGCAUAUCCAACAUUUCAGAAAAUGAGCAGUGUGAGACGGACAUUAGGGGAUCCGAGGAGAUGGAAUCCAAUAUAGCUCGCCUACUAGAAAAGAUUGAAAGCUUCACACAACUGGUGUCUGAACUCCUGGAGUCGGGAAAGACUGCUUUUAAAGAUCUUAGUAAUGAAUUUGAAGAGCAAAUCAUAGCCAUUCACAAGAAUAAUGUUGAAAGAUGGCAACACGAGAUCAAAGAGCUGCGGUUGCUUGAUUCAUCAAAUGAGGAAGCCAGUACUGUUUUAUGCAAUGCUCGAAAUUUACUUCAGAAUGGUCACAUCCAGUUCUGAAGGUAAUUUCAAACAGGGCUAUUUUUUUUUUCCAGCUUUGGAAAAUUGAUUCGAACCAUGAUUGAAAAGCUAGGCUAGAAGAGGUGUCUACAUCAAGGAAGCAACUUAGUUCCAUGAAACCUAGUAGAAAAGUUCUAUAUUUAGUUUUAACGAAUAACCAUGCAUGCUCAUUUUUAUCUUUAAACUUCGAUCAAAAUCAUGCAUAAAUCAAAACUGUGAAACAAUUGAGAUA